UCUUCUGUCCCUUUAGCUUCUCUGUUCUUCUGCGCGGGAAUUGCCUUCUGAGGCGCGGCGAGCCAAGGAAAAACAAAUCAUGUACAAGCACGCCAUACUCGCCCUUCUCGUAUGCAGCGCCUACCUGGUCCUUGAAACCAGUGGCCAGGCGUUCCUGGCUGCGCCCGUGGAUCCGCCCCAGCCGUACUCCUUCGGCUACGUCUCCAACGACAUCGAGGGUAGCCACGGUCACGAGGAGACCGGCGACGGUACUGGCCGCGUGUCCGGCCGUUACUCCCUGAGCCUCGCCGACGGCCGUACCCGUGUGGUCACCUACGUCGCCGACGAGUUCGGCUACAGGGCCGACGUCGUGACCAACGAGCCCGGCACCGAGUCCAGGCCAGCCGCCGACACCACGUUCACGUCGAGCGCUCUUCCCGGACCCGACGCCGCCGCCGCCUACGAGUCCACGAGGCUAGGCGGUGUCGUCCUCGGCAGCCGUGCUUAAGCAAUGACAGCUGAAGGAGACGUGCUCUCGAAGUCAAAAACAAAAGCACACAACACCUUACAAACAAGAGCCCGUUCUGAUGAGACAGGUAGCCAAGUUCGGGGUGAUUCGUUUAACUUGAGGCUAUUUCGGUUGUGACGAACUGUGACUAACCGCUUCUACAGGAAGGCAGUCCAGUGAGUAACAAUGAUUUAGUCUAUGCUAAGUCACUGUGGUCAGUCUUAACAGACCCAUCAGAGUGGAUCUGUUAGAAUGCGGUAACCUUACGGAGGAGUAUUUCAAGCGCAAUGCCCGCGAACUUGGCUUCACCGCGAAGCUUCCUUGCCUCUCGACACGUCUCUGUACACUGUUUCCGUUUCCGGGUCACAACCGCUUCGAUGCCUGUGAGGACUGAAUCGUGUUCGCAUGUAAGGUAAAUACUCACACCUCGCUCGCCUCGCAGUCGUUCAGUCUUCUUUCCACUUUUCGUGUUCAUCUUUUCUUGUCCUUGUCGUUAGUCUAACCCGCAUUGCUUGCUGUCUUACUUCAAUGCUACAACUGUCCGCGUCUCGUGUUCCACGUUAUCCACUUGCCUUCAUUAAGCCGCGUAAACGCCAACGUUAGCCUACUGUUUUGUGCUCGUAAUGCAAGUACGUAGAAAAAGUGUCCUUGCUUUGCUGUUUCGCUUCGUUUUUAUUUAUUGCGACAAAGACUUGCCUUUGUCCCAUAAUAUUCGCCACUUGUCCAGCCAUGUGCCUCAUUCUUGAGGACCUUCUCCCGCGUCCCUUUCUUUUUUUCGAAGCUAUUAGCUCUCUGUUUCCAUUUAACCUGCUUUGUCCUUUGUCCUGAAAUGGAAGCGACGCGUCCUGUGUCUCAAUUGGCUUGCGAUACAAUGACGUCAGAGAAACAAACAGUACAUCUACACAAACAGUACAUUUCAAGUAAUCAUACCAGGGCCGGCACAGAAUAACUUUUCGAUGUUUUCGAGGUGCGCAUCGCUACGUCUAGCCUUAAAUCUAGCUUACUCAGUUCACUUACACAACGACACACAAGCUGCUCAGGAAGGAAAAUGUUGCUUUUUCUUUUUUUGUUGUUAACAGCCAUGCCUUGUUCUAAUAACCCAACGACCAACAAACAACAAAUACACCCGGUAUUUUCUAUUCAGGUUACAUAACAGGUCACAAGUUGUGGUAACACGCAAUUUCAGACGAAUAUAAACGAAUAUAACACUGUUCUUUACACUUAGCAUCGCUUAGCUUCCAUAUCGGUGUCAUCGCGGUGAGCCGAUUGUUUACUCGGAGAAGCUCCUCCCAAGUCAAUCUCUUAUUCGUGGCCAAGUGUUCGCGUCAGCCGGGCUCGUGUUGCAAUCUACGUGAAAUGGUUUCCUCUGUCGUGCUUCGCAUCUUGAAAACUUCUCUGACGGAUUACGUGGAGGACAUUUCGCCGACCUGGACUGAUUUCUCGCCACGCGAUCUGCCCUCCACACGCUGCCUUGCCCAUUUCAGCGUUUUAGUUGCGAGUUUUUUUUGGAUUUUUUAAAACGAGUUCCAUUGUUUGUUGUUUCGGAACAAUGUUAUGUUCUACGGCUAGUCGAAACGAGUCUCUGUCAAGUACUUCUAGUGAAGCAAAAUAUCGACUGCAUUACGCAAUGGUUACUCCAGAGAGCAUGUACUGUGAGUGAGCCAGGUGGCAGUAACGACGAGCUCUCUGACCGUGGUUUUAGAUGUUGGUUGUCGAUUAUUUCAAUAAAACGCAUUCGGAUAUUGUGUUCAUCAUAGAACGCUGCCUGUUGUGCGUUGUAGCCACCUGCGGGGACGGGGUAGGAUCUCGAAUUUAGUAGUAGUAUUAGUGUCGGUGCCAAGCCAACAGACUAUAAGUGACUUCAGUGUGCGAACGAAAGGCAACAAUAAUGAAUUGGCGCUUCCCAGUUUUACUCACGUGACAUACUUUUGCCUGUAACAACGGCGGAAUUUCGAAAAUCGAAAAUAAACUACCUUACUCUCUCCCA